AACUCAAACUUAAAGGCUGCGGCUAAGAAUCAGGGAGUCUCAUUUUCCUGUUACUGGUGGAUCUGCUGUGGCUGGUCUGGGGGCGCUGAGCCCUCGUCCAGACCCUGGUGGAGAGUGAGCCUCUCACCAUGUCAGCCUGCUGCAACUGGAAAUGCAUUUUCCAGUAUGAGACAAACAAAGUCCUCCGGAUCCAGAGCGUGAAUUAUGGAAGCAUUAAGUGGAUCCUGCACAUGCUGGUCUUUUCUUACAUCAGCUUUGCUUUGAUCAGUGACAAGCGGUACCAAAAGAAAGAGUCUGUCAUCAGCUCCGUGCACACCAAGGUGAAAGGGAUAGCAGAGGUGAAGGCGGAGCUACUGGAGAAUGGAAUGAAGAAGAUGGUGUUUGAGGUCUUUGACACCGCAGAUUACACCUUCCCCCUGCAGGGAAACUCCUUCUUCGUGAUGACAAACUUUCUCAAGACAGAAGGCCAACAGCAGGGGAAAUGUCCUGACUUUCCCACCAGGAGGACGAUCUGUUCCUCUGACAAGAAUUGUAAAGAGGGACGGAUGGACCCACAGAGCAAAGGGAUCCAGACCGGAAGGUGUGUAGUGUAUAAAGAAAGGCUGAAGACCUGUGAAGUCUCCGCCUGGUGUCCCGUCGAGGAAGUGGGAGAGCCCCCCCGGCCCGCGCUCUUGAACAGUGCCGAAAACUUCACUGUGCUCAUCAAGAAUAACAUCGACUUUCCUGGCCACAACUACACCACGAGAAACAUCUUGCCGGGUAUAAACAUCACUUGUACCUUUCACAAGACUCAGAAUCCACAUUGUCCCAUUUUCCGACUGGGAGAAAUUUUCCAAGAAACAGGAGAUAAUUUUUCAGAAGUGGCAAUUCAGGGAGGGAUCAUGGGCAUUGAGAUCUACUGGGACUGCAACCUGGACAGUUGGUUCCAUCGCUGCCGCCCAAAAUACACCUUCCGUCGCCUUGAUGACAAGACCACCAAUGAGUCCUUGUACCCUGGCUACAACUUCAGAUACGCCAAGUACUACAAGGAAAACAACGUUGAAAAACGAACUCUGAUAAAAGUCUUCGGGAUCCGUUUUGACAUUCUGGUUUUUGGCACCGGAGGAAAAUUUAACAUUAUCCAGUUGGCAGUUUACGUUGGCUCAGUCCUCUCCUACUUUGGUCUGGUCACUGUGAUCAUUGACUUGCUCAUCUGCACUUACUCAAGCGCAUGCUGUCGAUCCCACAUUUAUCCCUCUUUCAAGUGCUGUAAAUACUGUGCAGUCAAUGAAUACUACUACAGGAAGAAGGGGGAGCUCAUUGUGGAGCCAAAGCGGACAUUAAAAUAUGUGUCCUUUGUGGAUGAACCCCACAUCAGGAUGGUGGACCAGCAGCUACUUGGGGAAAGUCUACAAAAUGUCGAAGGUGAAAACAUCCCAAGACCCUCAACGGACUUCACGGACUUGUCCAGGCUGCCCCUGUCUCUCCACGACCCAUCCCCUACUCCUGGGCAACCAGAGGAGAUGCAGCUGCUAAGCAGGGAAGCGACUCCUCUAUCCAGCAACAGCCCAGACUGGUGCCAGUGUGGACACUGCCUCCCGUCCCAGCUCCCCAAGAGCCACAGAUGCCUGGAAGAGCUGUGCUGUCGGAAGAAGCCUGGUGCCUGCAUCACCACCUCGGAGCCCUUCAGGAAGCUUGUCUUGUCCCGACAGGUCCUGCAGUUCCUCCUGCUCUACCAGGAGCCCCUGCUGGUGCUGGAUGACAGUGCCAACAGCCGACUGCGGCACUGUGCCUACAGGUGCUACACCACCUGGCGCUUCGGCUCCCAGGACCUCGCCGACUUUGCCAUCCUGCCCAGCUGCUGCCGCUGGACGAUCCGGAGAGAGUUUCCCAAGAGAGAAGGCCAGUACACCGGCUUCCAGAGUCCUUGCUGAUGGCACAGGGCUGAGCAGGCGUGUUAACGUUUGUUUCCUUUGUUUGCGCCCUGAGCUUGACCUGCAAAGAUCUGUGGCCAAACGUUCAACCAAAGGGAAAUGUGUUUUCUGCUCCUGCAGCUCUAGAUGUGUCAGAGAGCAGAAAUGAACAAACAAACAAACAAACAAACAAACAAACUCAAAUCCCUCAGCAGGGACUGAGUCGAGAGAUUCGGAUCUGUGCCUCAGUUCUGUCCCCAGCAAAUUGUGUGGUCCUUGGCUUUUAACUCUGCGCCGCAGUUGCCCUCCUACCCAACCUGCUAUCCUAACCAAGGGGUCAGGAGGACAAACUCAAGAGAGUGUACAUGAACUUUCUGGUCAAUGCACAAAGAGCUACAUGAAUGUGAAGUGGCUCCUUGUGAGGCCAGACUGGGAUAAGG